AUGCUUUUUUUUGGUUUACCUGGAUCGCACAAUGAUAUUAACAUUCUCCAGCGGUCUCCACUAUUUGCAAAGUUAUGCGAAGGUGAAGCACCCGAAGUUAAUUUUUCAAUUAAUGGCCACGAUUACAAAAUGGGAUAUUACCUUACCGAUGGCAUAUAUCCAUCUUGGGCAACAUUUGUGAAGACCAUAGGACAACCACAGGGGAAUAAGCAAAAGUAUUUUGCUAAAGCACAGGAAGUAGUACGCAAGAAUGUAGAACGAGCCUUCGGAGUUCUACAAGCUCGUUUCGCACUAAUUCGGGGUCAAGCACGUUUAUGGGAUGUAGAGACAUUGGGAUAUAUCAUGAAAGCUUGUAUCAUCGUGCACAAUAUGAUUAUAGAAGACGAGGGUGAAGUGGACGCAGAUGAACGCUUCGACGAUGAAGAAGAAAAUGUACGAGCAUCCCAUCAUCGUACCCCUGAUCUUCUAGAAUUUAUCAAGACACGGAAAGAAAUUAGGGACAACGAAAGUCAUCAUCAGCUGCAGGAAGACCUAGUGGAGCACCUAUGGCAACAUAAGCCACAUAAAUAUUGA